AUGGGUAGACAAAAGGACGCUCUGCAGAAACUAGACAGGACCUUUCGGACCCCGCACCGAAUCCUCCGCCUGGGAUUGGCGGAAUGCCUGGGAACGCUAAUCUUGGUGACAUUUUCUUGUGCCGGGGUGGCACAGUGGAUGCUCAGCGGUGGAACGCAUGGAACGUUCCUCUCCGUCAAUUUGGCUGUUGGAGGCGGCGUCACACUGGGCGUCCUUCUCAGCGGGCCUAUCUCAGGUGAGAGCUUUCAUUUUAGCAGAGAUUCUUCACGAAAAGGGCUGAUGGCCGCCAACGAGGUUACCUGGCCCGUUACCGUGGUUACACACGGUGCAGCAGCUGUCGAAGCAGUGGGCAAUCAAGAAACAAGGCAGACAUUAGCAUCGCCAUCACGUGGUCGCCAUCAAUCAUUUUGCCGAUGCUUCUUUUUUCCUGUGGUUGCGGCGAGUCGUUAUCAUCGACAGCUUGACGGAGCACAAAUAUCAGCAAAGGGGGGCCACCUGAAUCCAGCCGUGACCUUUGCGCUAUGUUUACUGGGCCGAGAGUCUUGGAAGAAGUUCCCGUCGUUCUUCUUCUUCCAGACCUUGGGCGCGUUCCUUGCUGCCGCAGUCGUAUAUUGCCUCUAUUUUGAUGCGAUACGGGAAUUUGGCCAUGGGGAGUUUCUUGUGGUGGGGAAAAAUGCCACUGCUGGGAUUUUUGCUACGUAUCCUUCUCAACAUCUCUCAGUGGUCAAUGGAUUCCUGGAUCAGAUUAUUGGAACAGCAGCACUGAUUACAUGCAUCCUGGCUAUUAUUGACCCGCAUAACAAUUCCAUCCCACGUGGGCAGGAAGCAUUCCCCGUAGGUCUUGUGGUGCUGGUUAUUGGUCUGACCAUGGGGUUUAACGCAGGAUAUGCCAUCAACCCCGCGCGGGACCUGGGACCCCGGCUCUUCACGGCUGUAGCGGGAUGGGGCAGUGAAGUUUUCACAGUGAACACAUACUGGUCUGUCGUGCCUGUCACCGCCCCAUUUGUUGGCGCUUUGGUGGCAGUGGCAGUGUACCAGCUCAUGAUCGGAUGCCAAUACAACCAAAAUGAACCAGAGAGCAACACGAAUCCGGAGGUGCGGAAAGAGGAAAUGCUUAAACUGUCCAACGUUUCGACCAAUGAAGAAGAGAUUUGAAUUUUACAGGCAGGUUAUGGUGAAAGAGAUAAGAAUAUAUUCUUUAUGAUUUUCUUUUCUUCGAAUGUCAAAACAUUUUGUCUCAUGAGGCUA